AUGACGACGACGACGACGACGACGACUCGCGUGUUGCUCAUUGACAACUACGAUUCGUUCACGUACAACAUUUACCAGUACAUGACGCAACUCGGCGCGUCCGUUGAAGUGAAACGCAAUGACCAGAUCACGAUCGACGAGAUCCACGAGAUGCAGCCGGACCGCAUCAUGAUCUCGCCGGGUCCAGGCUACCCCGUCUCUGCUGGAGUGUCGUGUGACGUCAUCCGCUCUUUUGCCGGCAAGGUCCCCAUUGCUGGCGUGUGUCUCGGCCACCAGUGCAUGUUUGAGGUUUUUGGCGGCAAAGUGGAUCACGCUGGCGAGAUCGUGCACGGCAAAGCGUCUGUGAUCGCACACGACGGCAAGGGACUGUUCCAGGGCAUGACGCCCGAGUUCAAAGCCAUUCGCUACCACUCGCUCGUGGGACUGCCCGAGACGUUGCCGGACGUGCUCGAGGUCACGGCCACGGUGAAAGGCACGAACAUGAUCAUGGGCGUGCGGCACAAGGAGUUCAAGGUCGAGGGCUGGCAGUUUCACCCCGAGAGUAUUCUGACGGAAGACGGGCUCAAGCUUAUUCAGAACUUCCUCGAGAUGUAA